GGACGACGAAGAAGAACUUUCUCUCCUUUCUUCAACUGAGAUGGACGCCGUCCAAGACUGAGAGGCAGAGAGAUAUGUGGCCGUGAUUCCACCUUUCGUCACCGGACACCAGGACUCCUGCGCGGACCUUUGGAGCUGCUGAGGUUCCUUCUUACCGGCGCAGAGCAAACCGAUCUCUUCCUCAUUUUCCCCCUAACUGGAGACAGAAAGGAAAGGAGUGAUGGAAGAGACCGGUUUUGAAUCACAAAACCUGCCAAUGGGUUCGGACUCCUUCCCUCAGUUGUGGGAGAACUACAUAUUACCCAUACCCUUGGAGACUGAGCAGCAAUGGAACGACGACGGCCAGUUAAAUCUGCUGGGCAGCAGCCAGGACAUCACGACAUUUGAACUACUUAUGAAGGACGUGUCCACCCCGGACCCGAACCCGCCGUCCUCCACCGUUCCAGUCACCACGGACCACGCUGGGGAGUAUGGGUUUGAUCUCCACUUUCAGAAGUCGGGGACGGCCAAGUCCGUCACUUCAACCUAUUCUGAGCAGCUGACCAAGCUGUUCUGUCAGCUGGCGAAGACGAGUCCUGUAGGAAUCAUCGUGGCGAAGGAGCCCCCUCAAGGAGCCGUGAUCAGGGCCACGGCUGUGUACAAAAAGACGGAGCACGUGGCCGAGGUGGUUAAGAGGUGCCCACACCACCAGAGUGAGGACAUGUCUGAGAAUAAAAGCCACCUGAUCAGAGUGGAGGGCAGCCAGCUGGCCCAGUACUUUGAAGACCCGUACACCAAAAGGCAGAGUGUCACCGUGCCGUAUGAGCGGCCACAGCUGGGCUCGGAGAUGACCACCAUUCUUCUCAGCUUCAUGUGCAACAGCUCCUGCAUGGGGGGCAUGAAUCGGAGGCCUAUCCUCACCAUCCUGACCCUGGAGACACCAGAGGGGUUGGUUUUGGGCCGCAGAUGCUUCGAGGUCCGUGUCUGUGCCUGUCCAGGCAGGGACCGGAAGACCGAGGAAGACAACAAGGAGAAAAGCGACAGCAAGCAAAAGAAAAAGCGAAAGAGCGCUCCUACUCCAGAAACAUCUGGCCUGAAAAGAUCAAAGUCCGGUUCUAGUGGAGAGGAUGAGGAGGAGAAGAUUUACAAUCUGGCGAUCAAAGGGCGUUCCCGUUACCUGAUGUUCAAGGAGCUCAACGACGGACUGGAGCUGAAGGACAAGACGGGGGCCAAUAAAAUAAAGCAGGAGGGCCCCUCCAGCGGGAAGAGGACGAUGAGGGAUCGCAGCGACAGCGACUAAUUACCCUCAAAUUUUCAUCUGGUUCAGGGUUUUAUAUACUUGCUGUUUCCUUUCACUUGGUCCUUUAUUGGAAGACCAACAUAACAAACGUUAGUCAUGUUUUUUGAUAUAAAUGUAUAAUUUUGUGAGGGGGGGGUUGAUGUCACUUUUGUUGAAUUGCGUCCAAACUGUUUGUGUCGACUCGUUGCAUGUUACAGAACGACACGCUGCCAUUUUUCUGUUGGGUUCUGCGGGGGUUUUUGAGGCAGUAUCUUAAUGGCCUCAGUUUGUCUUAAAACACUCAGGACCAGAGAAACGAGCCAGGAGACAGCACGGAGGUGGAGCCGCGAAUCUGUCGCCAGCUGGACAAAAUUCAACUUCCAUCAUAACCUAAGAGGGUUAAAAAAUAAAACAACUGGACUUCUGUAAUUCAGGAAUCUUUCUCAAUUCAAAAUGUCAGGAGGAGUUCCAAGCCAAACGUUUUCUAGUUGUUUUAGUUUUUAACCCGGAUGACCGAAUCAUCACCAGACUAAAGGCAAAUCAUGAUGAGAAGUUAGCAUGAAAAGGCUGUUUUGUUGCAUUAUUCAGUGCCAGCUGUCCAGUUGGACACAUUUAGACUGUGAAGAGAGUCUUUAGCAGGAAUGUGCUGCAUGAAACAUCCCAGUGUCUCUGUAGCACACGUAGCAUUUUAUUUCCAUCUGAAGCAGCUCAAGUUGGUCUCCAGUGAGCAUUUGAAUUGAGUUUGUAGAGCCGACUUGUUUGUUUUUUCCCAAACUGAGGCGAUUAAGCAAGUUUAAUAACUCACAGAACCCAGCUUAAAAACCUCAUGCCUGUACAAAUGGUUCAUAAUGGAGGAAACCAUUUGCCAAGUUAAGCUAUGCGUUUUUUAUAUAUAUAUACAACACUGCUGAAUGUUUUCCUUUCUUAAUUACUAAACUGUAGUUUCUCUUUAGUUUAAAGAAAAAAUAGUUUUAGCUUUUUUAUUUUUAUUUUUUUUACUUUUUGUUAAACUUGUUUGUUCACGAGGGGCUGGCUGGAUCCAGCCGCUCAUAAAACCUGAUCCGUUUCACACAAAAAACUAGACCUACAUAAAAUGUGACCUUGUUGUGGAAACCACUCAUUUGAAUUUUAUACUGAAAACAAACUAAUGUUCCCAUCAUUGUACUGUAUUCAAGACAUUUGCAGCAGUAAGAUUUAUUUUUAUUUUUAUAUUUCUUCCCCCCAAACCAGGUAAACUACUUCUAGGCACUUGGGUUUGUUGUGACCAAUCCUUGUCUACUGCGCUAAGGACCACUUUUUUUUUUUUUUUUUUGUAAAACACUGCCAAUCGAGAACAUGUUAUUGGAGGCAUUUUCUUUGUCAUUUCUUUAACUUCUUAUUUUAUACUCCAUAGACUUUAGUUUUAGAAGAAAAAUCAACGCUUCUCUUUGUUUUGUUUUUCAAGUAUUUUUGUACUGCUUUGCUGAUCAAUGUUGGAGCUUUAAGUUGAAAUAAACGCGUUGCAGCUCAA